CAGCAACUGAGCAAAGAAACGUUGUUUAAAAUAUCUCGCUGAGUUUGUUUUUAAAAAUGACUCGUCCCGCAUGGGUACCGAGCAGAUAAGCGGAACGCCAUCUUGAGGGGCAUUAUGCCGGCGUUGUCACGAGAGCACAAGCCCGAGAAUCAGAGACUCGCCCCCGCAACCGUCUACGCAGCCGGCUCAGCAAUAGACGGCCCGACACGCAGCCUCGACUGUCACUUCCGGUCCAGCAACACUGGACCACAACUCAACGCAUGUUGCACAGGAUGAACGAAAGGCGCCCAACUCGAAAUGUCGAACAUGAGUCAAUGAGCCUUAUUAAUCGGGCAAUACCGAACCCGUUUCAUAUGCGAGGAAAUGAAAUCUCAAAUACCGGAAGUCGACCAAGGAACCAGCCGAAAGUAAAGCGUUUGGUGCGUAGGAAUGCUUCCGAUAUCAAUUGCGCAGCUCGCAUGCGCACGAGGUCUUUUGCCAAUUCAUUUGGAAUCGUUCGGUCCUCGCGCUCAAAUACUACGCUGAUGACAUGUGUGAAGCCGUCAAACCAAGGCACUAGUGUCUACGAUAAGCCCUCAACGUUUCGAUAAGAAACUGUGACGACAUUACGUGUGCUGAUGACGUCAUUGCAAAUGCAGCCAGGACCCUCGGGAUCUCAGUGCCCUUCUUUUGAAAAUGCUAAGCGCAGACCAUACUGGCGUCCUGACCUUGACAAAGCCGGAAGUUCAUCAACGUCACGUGAAAGCCUGCAUUCCGAGAAUCACGCAGACGCUUUCACCGGAAACUCGGUCGCAAGCGUUGGGCGUAAUCAAGAAUUCGGUCGAGAAUCUGCGCGGGUUUUACGCGCCACCAGGGAUGUGCCGGAGGAGGUGAGGGCCCGUAUUCGGAACCAGACACGUGAAACUCGUGCGGAGGCUAGAUUCCGUGCUCGAAAUCUAACCUACGAAGCAGACGACGAAGCAAGCGAAAAUCAAGACACCGGAAACGAAAGUGACAUAAUUGAGCGUGGCGCGCCAGAGCGAGACCGCCAAACACAGCGCAUGCGCACAAGGUUUGCCCGUCGACAUUAAGGUUUUGUUGAUGGGUCUAUGAAUAGAUGGAUGUCGCGGAGGGUAAUGCAAUGUCUUCGCGUAAGCCGACAUCCAUAUAGACAAAAGUAAAAAAAGGAAAAAAGGCCAUGUUUCGAGGCUUUUGACGUGGACGAUGGCAAAAAUAGAUAGAAAGAAGCAAAAAAGCGUGUGCAUUUUUAAACGUAGAAAAUGGCCAUGAACAAUGUAUAGACAUGUAACAAAUGAUGUCGUUUGUCGCAGUUAUUGACGUAUACAAUGGGCCAAAAUGGAUAGAAACGAAAAAAAAACGAUGUCGUGUGUUCUGAUGGCCGUUUAUCUAUGGCGCAAACUAUUUUUCAGAUGCAAUAAUCAACGAGGCAAUACUACUUCCGAGGCGGAGCAAGGGACGAAUGUUUUGAAAAUGCACGGAUAAUUCAAAUUGAUGAGUAGGAUUUAUAUGUUUGUUUUCAUCAUAUCUCUCAUUAGU